AGAAGUGUCGCAGUUUUUAAACCUGCGCGAUUUAUUGCUACAGCAAUGAAACCACGUACGUGGCCUGCAGAAGAAAUAAAGUCUUUAAUUUUGUCUUAUGAAUCGCUGCCUGAACUAUGGCAAGUAUCAAACCCCGAUUAUAAAAAUAGGGUAAAGAAGUCAACGGCUGUAGAUAGUUUGGCGGAGCAAUUUAAUACAACUGCAUUUGAAAUAAAUAGAAAAUUGCACAAUUUACGAACGCAAUUUAAUAAUGAAUUAAGAAAACUAAGAAAGAAAGGCACAGAUGAAAAUUGUGGUAGCAAUUGGGAGUACUUCACAAGUUUAAAAUUUUUAAUGCCGAAUAUCAUACCAGGAAACGAUACACAGGGUGAUUUGAAUUCAUCUUUUACCAACAACAUUUUGGAAUCACCAGAAUCGACCAGCGUCAAUACAAAAUCCUCUCGACGGAUCUCUAAAAAACGGAAGAACGAAGACGAAUCUUUAGACCGAACGUUAAACGUAUCAGAUAAAUUAGAUGAUGCCGCCACUUUCGGUGAUUUUGUAGCUGCUGCGAUACGGAAUAUGAGGAGUGAUGCUCGUAAAAGAGAAUUAAAACGUAAAAUCCAACGAAUAAUUCUUGACAUUGAAGAAAAGGAUGAAGCUGAUCAGUAUUCAGUUGCUUCUGUUUCACCUGAGUCUUGUGCUUCAUCAAUUUUCAUCAAAAAUUCGCGAAAAUCCCGGCAAAGGCGUUUCGAUUCAUGGCAAUAG